AUGCUCUGCAAUAUCUGCCGCGAAGGUCUCCAGGGCAUUUGGGACCCCUCCAAGGCUAAGCGGGUAUGCAGGGAAAUCGAAUUCGAUGAAAAACUCAAGGAAGAUGAGCGCUUUCAUCAGGCGCCUCCGUCGCACGUGCAUGACCAGCACCCAACGCACUUUUUGUUCGGCCACCAUCCAACUCUAGAGUCCUAUCUACAAUCUGUUGCCGAUGGAUGUGUUAUGUGUUGCCAGUCCAGACAUAAUGGUAUGGAGAUCGAUCAAGAAGCUGCAAUAGCUGAGCUAGGGUUUUAUUCCUUGUUCGCUGUUGGCCUCCUAAAUGCAUACCCGGUCAUGUGUAUAUACACACCCAAGGCUCGUUUCAACCAGCCGAUGAAAAUGUUCGACGGCUCCCCCCAUGACUGCAACCUUGAAAUUAGCCCAUCAACCGGAGAUGCCAAAGCCUGGAGCUUGAUUCAGAGCUGGAUGGGUACAUGCAUCCAGACCCAUAGGCGCUGCAACCAAACCACUGAUUUUUUGCCAAGCUAUCUGCUCGAAUUGGAUGACCUUGGCGAAUCAUUCUGUUUGAUUCCCGCUGGCCAGCUUUCUACCCAGUCUAGUGGUGUCCGCUACUGCGCACUCAGCCACUGCUACAAUGCUGAUGAGAGUCUCCGGCUAACAACAUCGAGCAUGAGGCAAUUCUCUCGCCCCCAAUCUCUCUCCACGUUGCCCCUGACCUAUAGGGAUGCUUUUGCUGUGACCAAACGAUUGGGUGUCCAUCAUCUUUGGAUCGACCAUCUUUGUACUCCUCAAGACGAACCACCACUUAGCAACACUGAGCUACAGGAUAUCUUGUCUAACAGCUUCUGUGGAAUUGGCGCUACAAGGUCUACUCUUCCCUCUUCCGGGCUGUUUGCUAAAAGGGAGCCGCAUCUUAUUAUACCUACUGCGUUUGAAUUUCCUCUUGACGCUGAGGGAAAUACAACCUUGUUGAAGUUUCACAGGCCAGAGAUGGCGCAAUUCAAGGAUGAGCCAUUGGUCCAGACUGCAAAAGGUUUCCGGGAACGUCUGUUGACACCACGGAUGAUCCAUUUUGGAACCUCCCUUAUCUCCUGGGAAUGCCAUGGUGCUCUUUGCGACGAGGUAAACCCUGGUGGUAUCCUAUACGGGCCCGGAGGGUACACAAAUAUAGAAGGGGAGACACCGAUUGUGAUCAGUGAGAAAUAUGCGGCUGGCAAACCGAUCCGGGCACCACCUCGACCCGCUUGGAAGCCGCUUAUUCACGCUCGUCCGUUUUCUUAUCCUCUUGGUGAUCCCAAAAAAGAUAUACUGAGUCGUUGGUUCCAGCUUUUGCCUGAAUAUACCAAAUGCACCGUGGCAGGCCCGGAUGAGAGGCUCGAUUGCAUAGAGAGUGCUGCUAUGAGGAUGAAACCUCACUUGAAGGAGCACGGAUGCGAUGACACAUAUCUUGCUGGUAUGUGGAAAGAGACUUUGCCUACAGCCCUAGUCUGGUACACCUGUGGUAAUGGAAAUCGGCCGCCACGGUAUCGUGCCCCUUCGUGGAGCUGGGCUGCAAUAGACGGUCCCAUCAACUACGAAGAGGGUCUAAGCGGGUCAUUCACUACUCAGAGCCUCUGUGAGCUUGUGGACGUGGUCUCCAAGACAAAUGAGGCAGGGCUAGUCAUCGCCGGCAACCUUACUCUCAAAGGGAAACUUCUCAUUGGAAAGUCAUCUCCGAACCUCAACUACCCCAAUGAGCCGUACUAUGAGACAGAAAUGGGUAUUGACGGGUUGAUAGACCCUGGUACGGGCGCCGAUGUUGCCACGGUGCCGGAAUCUCAUGACAGGCUCCCAGGGUCUAUCCGCUUUGAUACUAAGCAGGAUACAAAGGAAGAUAUUUAUCUUUUCCCAAUCAUCACGGCGUUGAUUAGAGAGAGGUGGCCCCAAGUCUAUGGGAUUGCCUUAACCAAGCUUGACAGUGGGGCCUACCUACGUUGUGGUAGGUGGAUCAUCUCUCCAGCGUCUUGGGAGGAAUCAAAGAGGAUAUUCUGCGGCCUGCUAGACUCCAAGAUUACAAUCGAGUAG